AGCUGAAUGGCAACCGGUAGCCUGCAUCAGUUUUGUAUAUUGGAUUUGUUUAUUGUUUUCAUAUCGUGGAACAAUAUUUAUUUUUAAAGUCAAUGUAACUAUAUAAAAUAGCGCAAAAUGGCACAUUUAACGGGCACACGGGUCAGCAUGUUUAACGAGUCCUUCCUGAACGACAAUGAGCACGAUUCAAAUGCCGUGCUCAUGGAGCUGGAUAAGGGCCUCCGCAGUGCAAAGCAGGGAAUACAAUGUGAGGCGAUUGUGCGUUUUCCGAGACUCUUUGAGAAGUAUCCCUUUCCCAUACUGAUCAACUCGUCAUUCAUCAAACUGGCCGAGUUCUUUGUCAGCGGCUCAAAUCUGCUGCGUUUCUGGGUGCUGCGCGUGUGCCAGCAGAGCGAGAAUCAUCUGGACAAGAUACUCAACAUUGACAACUUUGUGCGCCGCAUUUUUAUGGUGAUGCAUUCAAAUGAUCCGGUGGCGCGUGCUCUGCUGCUCCGCACCCUGGGCGCCGUCUCUCGUGUAAUACCAGAGAAGCCACAGGUGCAUCAUGCAAUACGUCGUGCACUCGACAGCCACGACACCGUCGAGGUGGAGGCCGCCAUCUAUGCCAGCAGCUGCUUUGCCGCCCAAUCGAGCUCCUUUGCCAUCAGCAUGUGUGCGAAAAUCUCGGACAUGAUUGAAUCACUGCAGGUGCCGGUGCCCAUGAAACUGCUGCUCAUCCCGGUGCUGCGGCACAUGCACCACGAUGCCAAUACGGCGGCAUUGGUCAGCAAGCUGUGCCUGGAGCUGUUGCCCAAGUAUCCCGCCCAGAGCUUUGUGGUGGCCAUCAUUAAUACACUCACACAAUUGUCAUCGCGUACGCUGGUGGGCGUGCCGGGCCAGCUGAAUGUGCUGCUCGAUUUUAUGCAGGAUUUGCGAACGCCCGUACGCAUCCAGGUUCUACGCUCAUUCAAUGAGCUGGCCGGCAAGCAGAGCGUGAAUGCCUGGCCCAAGUCUGCCAUUGGUGCUCUCAUCGCCAAAUUUAAUCUCUGCACGAAUGGCGCUGAACAGUUCCUGUUCCUCUCCAUACUCCUGAAGCUGAGCGAGUGCCCACUGACCUGCCAGCAUCUGCUGAGCGAGCAUCGCGACGCCUUACUGCGUCUUUGCAACGAGUGCAUCAGCAAAUUGGACGACUACACCACAGCGACACAGGCAAUGGCUGUGCUGGCUGCUUUGGUGGCCUUUGGUCUCAAGAAGCAGGACGCACAGGUUGAUAUUAUACUUGAAAUGGUGGACUUGCACAUGGAGGGCCUUUUGUUUUGUACGUCGCGUCGGGCGGAGUUCAAUCGAGAUCUGAGACGUUUGCUUGCCUAUGGCAUACGCAUAACCCAGGCGAAUGCAGAAUUCGGAGCCGACUUCAUCGAGAUGGUAACGAAUACCCUAGGCGACAAUGUUGAUUAUCCGCCCGAUAAUCUACAGCUCAUUUGCGAAGCGGCUGUCGGACUCUGUGAGCACUUCCAGCUGCGCAAGUACGCAUUCUCCACGGCCGAAGGUCUCGAAGACGAUACGGCUAUGGAAACUGACGAGCCUGCGCCACCCAAGCCGAAUCCGAUGCUAGCGCGAUUGCCGCUAAUUCUGUACAAGCUGAACAAAUUGGUGGACAGCGAAGAGCAGCCGGAGCAGCUGCUGCGCACAGUGGAAAUACUCAGCGCUCUUGUCUUCCAAACGACCAUGGGCUGUUAUCUGACGCAGGAAGUGGUUCACUGCUUCGAGAAAUGCAUCGAACGCGUCAACUGUUGGACUCUGUAUCGUAUAGCGCGCACGGCGAGCCGGUAUGGACACCAUUACGUGGCGGCGCACAUCUAUACGAAGGUCUCGCAGAUUGUCAUCAGCGAUCACAUGCACUAUUUUUUGGUAUCCCUAGCGCAGAUCUCGCAGGCCGAGUGCAUACUUAACUAUGGCCGAGAAUAUGCCUACAUGCGCGAUAAUUAUGCGCCCGCCGAGGCGCCGGAGCCAUUGUUGCCGCUGAUGAGGCGCCUGGAGGCGGCGAGCAAUCUGUAUCAACAGGCGCUGGCCAGCAUGCGUGCCUGCUCCUCGCCACAACAUCCGUGCAGCUUUCAGCUGGAGUAUCUGAAGAUACGCGCACAGUUCUUGCAGACCCUCCAUCUGGCCGUGACUGUCAAGAAUGCGCAGGUGAUUGUGCCGCCUCCAGCGAUUGCGGGCAGCCUGGCACAGAACUCACGCGACUAUUUGCAAAAGUUUGGCCAUGUGACGAAUCAGUUGCGCAAACUGGUCAAGUCGCUGAAGGCAUGCGAGGAGACUUAUGCACGCCUCUACAAGUCGUCAUUUGAUGCGGAUAAUGUGACGCUCGAGUUUCUUGAGGUGGCCGAAUUUCAAUGCGCGCUCUUCGCCCACAUUAUUGAAUCGAUUUGUUAUGCUACGCCGCCGGAACCGCCUGUCUUCCUUACCACCGGCAAUCAUCCGGAGACGCGCUUCUUUGCAGCCAGCUGCCAGCGCAUGGAACAAAUGCAGAAAAAUCUGCCGCAGGAGCCACCCAACGCCAAGACCAUCAGCAACAGGCAUUUGGACGUGAUCAUUGCUUUGAUCGAAAUUAUAACAAAGACGUCGCUCUGCCUGCCGCGCUACUUCUUCCAGAUACUGCAGUCCACACAGAUAAAGCUGUCGGUUAGUCCACAGCCCCGCAGUGCCACGGAACCGGUCAUUGUGCAGUCGGGCAGCAAUCUGGUGAUUAAGGUGGAGGGCGUGCUGCAACAUUUUAGCAAGCAGCAGAAACACUUCCGACGCGUCGACUCGGUGCAACUGAGUCUCACAUCGCAACUGCUGACGCCACGGCCAGGCAACGAGCUGGGGAAGACGCCCAACAAUGACACAGUCACGCUCAACCAAAUCGUGAAGCCACAGCGUGAUUUCCUUUCCGGUAGCUUCCUGCUGCCAAUCUCAAGUGGCGGCCAGUUUCAGGUUACGCUGGAAACAUUUGUCGUAGAUGAACAUGGCAUAACUUGGUGCACUGGUCCGAAAAGCUCAAUGGUGGUGCGAGUGCUGGACGAUCCAACGAAGCCAGCUGCAGCGCCGGUGGCAAGUACUUCGCAGGCCGCAAGCCAAGCCAGGCGCUACUAAACGAAAAACAAAGAGAAACAAUUACAAUAAAUUAAAUACAAAUUUA